GGCGGUUGCUUCAAUGGCCAACACGUACUCCAGCCAUUCCCUCCACGUGUCCUCCACCGCUGAACAGAACACCUCUUCUUCUUCUUCUUCUUGUUCCCAUUUCACUCACUCAGCUGGGCUCUUAUUCAUUCACGCUGAGGUAAAGUCGAUUUGUUUGCGCUGUUUUAUCCAAGGCCAAGGGGUGUGAAGAAUGAGUGCGACUAAUUUGGAGGUUCGUUGUACAGUGGAGGAUGAAAUCCGGAGCUUGGACCAUGGUGGACUUUUUGAUCUGGGUCAUCCUCUCCUUAACCGUAUUGUUGAUAGUUUCGUCAAAGCUGCAGGGAUUGGUGCUGUUCAAGCCGUAGCUCGUGAGGCUUACUUCACGGCUGUUGAAGGUGCAAGUGGAGAUACCACCGGCAUCCCGCCGGAGAUUGGUGGUGUCAAGAAGCAUCAUACAUUUGCGUCAGUCCUUAAAGGGGAAAACAACAAAAACUCCGUGGAGGCCUUGAUAAAAAACACUGGAAAACAGUCUAUGCAAUGGGGGUUUGCUGCAGGUGUGUAUUCUGGUCUUACCUAUGGGCUAAGGGAGGCUCAAGGAGUACAUGAUUGGAGAAAUAGCGCUUUGGCUGGAGCCAUCACUGGAGCAGCACUGGCUAUGACCACAAAAGAUCAUUCUCAUGAUCACGUGAUCCAGUGUGCUAUAACUGGAGCAGCUAUCUCCACAGCAGCAAAUCUCCUCAAGGGGAUAUUUUAAGGCUCUUUACCUAUUUUGGCUCAGGAUGAUUCUUCAUUUUGGCUGUGUUUCUGUGCUCCGCAUUCGUGGCUAGUUGUCGAGGCAAAUUUGUCUUUAGAUUUUCAACUUUUUCAAGCUAGACAUUCUUAGAACUUAUAAGAGCUGUUAUUGCAAUAUAAACUUGUGUUAUAACUUGUUGCAUUUUGGUUA